AUGGCUCAAACCACCACCGUGAUCUUCAUCCUAGCCACAUUGUUAGUGGCCACUACGGUUGUUUCAGGACAGACACCACCUAGUCCCGUCGCUCCUAGUCCUACAAUAAACGAAGCUAUGAACUGUGCAGCAGGUUUGACUGUUUGUUUGCCGGCAUUUGCUCAAGGAGGAACUUCGCCGAAGGAAUGUUGUACCGCCUUAGAGACGGCGGUGAAAACGCAGCAAUCGUGUCUUUGCGGCUUUAUCAAGGCCCCAGCGCUAGUGGUCCCUUUCAAUAUCACUGCCUUCAGUGCUCUUAUCUCCAAGUCCUGUGGGAUCAAUACCGAUCUCAACUUGUGUUCAGAAACUGCCGGUAAAGUGUUGCCUUUAGCUUUAAACCAAAAAAAAAAGUGUUGCCUUUAG